CUUAUUGUAUACUUGGCAGGUCGUUCGUAGUGGAAAGCUUUGCAUCGAAGUUAGCCCGGACUCGAAGAUAGCCUUCAUCUCCGAAAGUCUUUGCAUUGGAUGUGGUAUCUGCCCCAAGAAAUGCCCCUUCGAUGCCAUCACCAUCAUCAACCUACCCACCAACCUCGAAACCCAAGUUACCCAUCGAUACUCCGCGAACAGCUUCAAGCUCCAUCGACUGCCAACGCCGCGACCUGGUCAGGUUCUAGGUCUCGUCGGAACCAACGGUAUCGGAAAGAGCACAGCGUUGAAAAUUCUCAGUGGCAAGCUUAAGCCUAACCUAGGGAGAUACGAGAACCCGCCGGACUGGGAAGAUGUCAUCAAGUACUUCAGAGGAUCCGAGUUACAAAACUAUUUCACCAAGGUCCUUGAAGAU